AUGACGGCAACGGCGGCUGCAGCUGCGGCCGCGGCUGCGGCGGCAACGACAACAACGACAACAGCAACAACAAUUGCUGGCGUCGCUGCUGUUGCCGGCAGCAGCGAAAAGGCGCCGCCGCCGCCACCAAUACCGCUGGUCAGGGCAACGCCUGGUAAUGGCAGCAACAACAUCAACGGCAACAUAGGCAACAAUGCCAGCAGCAGCAGCAACAACAACAUCAACAGCAACAACUGUAGCAGCAACAACAACAGCAACGGCAGCAACAUUGGCAACAGCAACAACAGCAGCAACAACGAUCAGACAACAGCGCAGGCGCAUCAUCAUCAUCACCAUCAUCAUCAUCGGCAUCAUCAUUUGCUGGAGACGCCCUCGAACAAUGCAGCCGUUGCCGCCGCUGCAGCAGCUGCAGCAACCACAACAACAGCCGCGGCAGCAACAUUAACAGCGCCAACAACGGGCCAUGUGUACGAACGCCUAUGCCGGCCCAGCCAUGUUGUGACCCAUCCAGCGGAGCAACAACAACAACAACAACAGCAGCAGCAGCAGCAGCAGCACCAACAACAACAACAGCAACUACUGCAACAACAACAACAACGCGCAUCGCUGCCGACUGCACAACAGCGUCCAGUGGCGCCGCCGCCACAGGUGCCGUUGCCGAUGCCGAUGCCGAUGCCGGUGCAGCAGCUGCCAGCGCCAGCGGGUUCGGUGCCGGUGACGAUGCCGUUGCCGUUGCCGAUGCCGGCACAUGCUUAUCAUACGAUGCCCGGCUAUUAUCAGGCGGCAGCGCGACCUUUGCCGCAUCACGCGCGUACGCAUACGCAUCCGCAUGCGCAUCCACAUACGCAUCCGCAUGCGCAUCCACAUGCGCAUACACAUGCGCAUACACAUCCACAUGCGCAUCCACAUCCGCAUCCGCAUGUACAUCCGCAUCCGCAUGCGGCCUACCACCAGCUGCAGCCGCUGAGCCACUACCAUCAGCAGCUUUAA